GGGGCGGCUGCGCGCACGGCGCCUCUCCACCAACCCGCUCCCCUGCAGGUCCCUCGCUCGCUCUCCAUCCCUCGCCGGCGCUCCCUCGCUCCCCCCCGCCCCGUGAUUGACAGGCAAGAUGUCGGUGUGGAGCGAGGCAGGAGCGAUUGCAGCAGCCGUCACCCCCGGAGCCCGGCGGCGGCAGGAGCAGCAGCGGCGCGGAGAGGAGACAGCAGCCGCCGCAGCCGCGGGAGCGAUGCAGACCGCGCCUUGAGAACGCGCCCCAAACCGUGGACCAUGCCGGCUCCCUGCAGCCGGCAGGGGGGCCAACUAGAUUUUUUUUGACAUAAAAGCCAGCCAGCCCCCAGUAUAUAAUUUUGUCCUUCACGGAGCCGGUGUGUAAGGAGUGAGCGCUAUUUUCCUCCUCCUCCUCUUCCUCCUCCUCCUUCUCCUCCCCCUCCUCCCCCUCUCCUCCUCCUCUUCCUCCUCCUCCUCCUUGCUAAGUGUACAGAGAGCAUCACAUCACCUGGUUGGCUUCUGAGAACCGGCAGCUCUCCUUUUCAGAGACCAGGGACUCAGAGAGAGGGGACAAUUCUAAUGGAGUCUGCUUGGUACCCCAAAAUAAAAUAAUACAUUUUAGCUCUCGUCCCUUCCUCCUCCUCCUCCUUCCCCCCCCUCCCCGCCCCCUCAAGCCCGUGUGAGAUGGUGGGCUGCUUCUUCAGGAGACGCUGGUGAGAAGUCGCAGUGGCUGGAGCGGCGCAGGGGGGAGACUGCCUUCGCCAGCAUUCCCCUCCCCCCUUUUCUCUCUGGGAGGAGGAGGAGGAGGGGAAGGGGGGCUGCAGUGCAAGCGAUGGAUGAGGAAAACAUGACGAAAAGCGAAGAGCACCAACCUCUGAGUUUGCAAAAAGCCCUACAGCAGUGCGAGUUGGUCCAAAACAUGAUAGACUUGAGCAUCUCCAACCUGGAAGGGCUUAGGACCAAAUGUGCUACCUCCAACGACCUCACACAAAAAGAAAUCCGGACCCUGGAGAGCAAGCUGGUCAAGUACUUCAGCCGGCAGCUGUCCUGCAAGAAGAAGGUGGCCCUGCAGGAGCGCAACGCCGAGCUGGACGGCUUCCCGCAGCUGCGGCACUGGUUCAGGGUGGUCGACGUGCGCAAGGAAGUCCUGGAGGAAAUCUCCCCCGGCCAGCUGAGCCUGGAGGACCUGCUGGAGAUGACGGACGAGCAGGUGUGCGAGACGGUGGAGAAAUACGGAGUCAACCGGGAGGAGUGUGCGCGCCUCAACGCCUCAUUGUCCUGCCUGCGCCACGUGCACACGUCAGGAGGAAACCUUUCCAAGCAAGACUGGACCAUCCAGUGGCCCACCACAGAGACGGGCAAGGAGAACAAUCCCGUGUGCCCCCCCGAGCCCACCCCGUGGAUCCGCACCCAUCUUUCCCAAAGCCCCAGGGUCCCAUCCAAGUGUGUCCAGCACUACUGUCACACCAGCCCCACACCGGGGGCGCCCGUCUACACCCAUGUGGACAGGCUCACUGUGGACGCCUACCCAGGCCUGUGCCCGCCACCGCCGCUGGAGUCAGGCCACCGUUCCCUGCCCCCAUCACCGCGUCAGAGGCACGCAGUUCGCACCCCGCCUCGCACGCCCAAUAUCGUCACCACCGUGACCCCACCUGGCACGCCACCCAUGAGGAGGAAGAACAAGCUGAAGCCACCGGGGACCCCACCACCCUCCUCCCGAAAGCUGAUCCACUUGAUCCCGGGGUUCACAGCCCUGCAUCGGAGUAAAUCCCAUGAGUUCCAGCUGGGCCACCGCGUGGAUGAGGCCCACACACCCAAAGCCAAGAAGAAGAGCAAGCCCUUGAACCUCAAGAUCCACAGCAGUGUGGGCAGCUGCGAGAACAUCCCCUCCCAGCAGCGCUCCCCGCUCCUGGCCGAGCGCUCGCUGCGCUCCUUCUUCGUGGGACACGCGCCUUUCCUGCCCUCCACCCCUCCUGUCCACACCGAGGCCAGCUUCUCUGCAAACACGCUGUCCGUGCCACGCUGGUCCCCGCAGAUCCCCCGCAGAGACCUCGGCAACUCCAUCAAGCACAGGUUUUCCACCAAGUACUGGAUGUCUCAGACAUGCACAGUCUGUGGGAAAGGAAUGCUUUUCGGCCUCAAGUGCAAAAACUGCAAGUUAAAGUGCCACAAUAAAUGCACCAAAGAAGCCCCUCCCUGUCAUCUCCUCAUCAUCCAUCGAGGAGACCCAGCAAGGUUAGUCCGAACAGAGUCGGUCCCAUGUGACAUCAACAACCCUCUACGGAAGCCACCCCGGUAUUCGGACCUGCACAUCAGCCAGACGCUCCCCAAAACCAACAAAAUCAACAAGGACCACAUCCCUGUCCCCUACCAGCCAGACUCGAGCAGCAACCCCUCGUCCACGACGUCCUCCACGCCCUCCUCGCCAGCACCUCCCCUCCCCCCCAGCGCCACGCCGCCUUCUCCCCUGCACCCCUCCCCGCAGUGCACCAGGCAGCAGAAGAGCUUCAACCUGCCAGCAUCCCACUACUACAAAUUCAAGCAGCAGUUCAUCUUCCCAGAUGUGGUGCCAGUGCCGGAGACGCCAACCCGGGCACCCCAGGUCAUCCUGCAUCCGGUGACCUCAAAUCCAAUCUUGGAAGGAAAUCCAUUACUUCAAAUUGAAGUGGAGCCAACCUCGGAGAACGAAGAGGGCCGCGAUGACGCCGAGGAGUCGGAGGAUGACUUCGAGGAGAUGAACCUGUCCCUCCUCUCGGCCCGGAGCUUCCCGCGCAAGGCCAGCCAGACCAGCAUCUUCCUACAGGAGUGGGACAUUCCCUUUGAGCAGCUGGAGGUCGGCGAGCUCAUCGGGAAGGGCCGCUUCGGGCAGGUGUACCACGGCCGCUGGCACGGCGAGGUGGCCAUCAGGCUGAUCGACAUCGAGCGGGACAACGAGGACCAGCUCAAGGCCUUCAAGCGGGAGGUGAUGGCCUACAGGCAGACGCGGCACGAGAACGUGGUGCUGUUCAUGGGCGCCUGCAUGAGCCCACCCCACCUGGCCAUCAUCACCAGCCUCUGUAAGGGACGGACGCUCUAUUCUGUGGUCAGGGACGCCAAGAUCGUCUUAGACGUCAACAAAACCAGGCAAAUUGCCCAAGAAAUUGUGAAGGGCAUGGGCUACCUCCACGCCAAGGGAAUCCUUCACAAGGACCUCAAAUCAAAGAACGUCUUCUACGACAACGGCAAGGUCGUCAUCACCGACUUUGGGCUCUUCAGCAUUUCCGGGGUGCUGCAGGCUGGCAGACGGGAGGACAAACUGCGCAUCCAGAACGGCUGGCUGUGCCACCUGGCGCCCGAGAUCAUCCGGCAGCUGUCCCCGGACACCGCGGAGGACAAGCUCCCCUUCUCCAAGCACUCGGACGUCUUUGCGCUCGGCACCAUCUGGUAUGAGCUCCACGCCAGGGAGUGGCCUUUCAAGACUCAACCAGCAGAGGCAAUCAUCUGGCAAAUGGGUACAGGCAUGAAACCCAACCUCAGCCAGAUCGGCAUGGGAAAAGAAAUCUCGGACAUUCUUCUCUUCUGCUGGGCCUUUGAACAAGAAGAGAGACCCACCUUCACCAAGCUCAUGGACAUGCUGGAGAAACUGCCAAAGCGGAACCGCCGCCUGUCUCACCCCGGGCACUUCUGGAAGUCUGCAGAGCUGUGACCAACCGACUACGGGACGGCGUCCAGCUGCCUCGGCGUCCGAGCCGCCUCUCCCUCCCUGCUCUGCCCUCUGCCAGCCUAGGAGGCCAGAGGCUCACGAUCAGCGGGUCCAGCCCCCACCAGCCACUGCGCAUGGCAGCUGCCCUGCACCCCAGACUUGUGCCCUUCUUCUCGGGCAGGGUCGGACUGUGCUGAGCCAGGACCGAACUAGACCAGCCAGAACACCGUGGUGCCGGUCGGUGAGGCCCAGGGGACGGCGCAGGGAGCUGCAGGCUGGGAUCGGAGGCCCUGGGCUGUGGGACGAGGACAGAGGCCCGGCGGCGGCCAGGCUGGCAGGACUGGCCUGCUUGUGCGUGUGUCCUCCUGCAUGGAAGGUUGCUGAUGCCCCUUUCCCUUGAUGCCCGGGAGCCGGCCUUGCCCCAGCUACGGAGCGGCCCUUGGCCAUUUGUGUCUUUGCGUGGUGGGUUCCAGCUGCACGCUAGGAGUUGGGGGGAGGAGAGUGGGGGUGCAGGGCUGAGCAGCGGCUUGGUGGAAGCGGCUGGGCCAAGGUUGGGGCAGGGUACGGGCCUGGGAAGUGUUUUUAGGAACUGCUGGGGGCGUCUCAUGGCACGUGAAAGGCGCCUUUGCACCUGGCUCCGAAGUGCAGUCCCGCAGGCCUCUCAGAGGUCCAGCUCCCCAGCUCGGCCUUUGUCUCCUGUUCUGUGAUGGCGUCGUCCCUUUAAACCUCACUGCCCCACGCUCCCCUUGCCCUGGCCAAGAUGACUUCCGGGGGCUCCUGACAGCUCCUUCUUGUUCAUGACGCCCCCCGGAAGUCCGGGCCCUGAGAGCAUGGGCCUUUGGGGGUCGCGGUGGCUGGGGGUGGGGAGCGCCAGUGUGUUGCCCUCCCUCUUCACUUACACCACCCAGGUCGGCCUGCCUGCAGCGAUGGGCGUGUGUCCGUGGGAUGUGCGUGUGUUUGGCACCGUGUGGUUGUGCACUCAGUAACCAGCUUGCAAAGAUGUCUCUGCCCCUCCCCCUUCGGAAGCCCUGCUGGGGAGGUGGGGGGGGUAAGCCUUUUGCAUCCUCUGCUCCAGCCUGGUGCUGGGUCCCCGAGUGGCCUGCCCUCCAGGAGCCUGUGUCCCCUCGCCUGGUCACACUCUCUGUGUGCCCUGCCUUCCAGCCCGCCCUCACUGCCCACUUGCACUGGUGGCUUUUCCCGACCGUGUUGAUGAGACUCCCAGUAUCCGGCCUGAAGGAUGCUGGGAGCAGGUGGGGCGUGCAGAGGGAGGGCAGGAGCCAGCUGUUGAGUCCUUUGUCCAUGUUCCCAGAGCCCACUGAUCUGACCUGGCACAAAGGGGAAACCCGAACCCAGGCAGAGCAAUGGCAGGAGCAGAGGGUGCGAGGCAGGAGGCCUGGGGUCCCUGUGCACUUCCGGGACACUGCUCAGCCUUGGUUCCGUGUCGCCGCUGCCUUACCCAGGCAUUGCCCUUGCAGCAGGUGGAGCUGAGCCUUCAGAAGCCCUAGGUGAGCUUGCGUUCAAAAUCCAGCCAGGCCCAUGGGGAUCUCCUCCGGCGUUGCACAGUCCCAGGCUGCUCCGUGCUCUGGGGCCUGGGGGUUUCCUGCAUCGUCUUUCCAACACUCCCCGCUGUCUGGGACCAGAGGGCUGAAGGCCCCCCAUGAACUGGUCCUAAAUGGACACUGCUCUUCUGGGGGCAUCCAUACCACUGGGGUUCUUGGCUCAACCGCUGAGGCUCUUGGAGGCAUCUAACCCCCACUUGCGGAUGGCUCUCCCAUCAAACAAGCCCCUCCCUGGACCCUCCGCUCUGCCCGGCAGCCUCCAGAGAGCCCCACGUCCAGCCACCUGCUUCUCCCCAUCCCCAUCAGGACAUCAGCUCCAGGCUUGCUGUGUACCUUUGUGAGGGGGAGGAAGCGAGGGAGGGAGGAGCCAGCCAGGGCUCAGCUGCCGUGACGCUAAAAUGCUCACCAGGGCUGGCACCUGCACCCCCUUGCUUCUGUUCCCAGAAUGAACUAAAACGGCCCACCACAGUCUCUUGGCAAGACCUCCAGGGCUGUCCCGAGGCUGGCUUUUCCGUGUUUGUGGUUAGUGACAGGGCCUGGGAGAAGCCCCAGCCCUCCCUGCUGCACUCGGCUGUGGCUGCUUGGGCCCACCCCUGACUCCCACGUCCUCUUCUCAUGCGUCCCCCGGCUUCCCCACCGCACCUCGCACCUCUCGGUCUCUGCUGCUCCCAGGCCGGACACCAGGCUCCGGCCCUCCCCGCGCCCCGGCUGCCCUACCCUGGCUUCCUUGGCGGCUGCUUUAACUUGCACCCAUGUGAACAGAGGCAGACCGAGCGCCUGCUUUCCCUGCUGAGCGGCACCAACCCUGCUAUCCAGAGGCUCCCCAAAGGCUCCACAGGGGAAGAUUCCCCCGGAGGCCUUGACCUUGCUGAGAGACACAAUUCUGCUGUCCGGAGUCCAGCCGGCCCUUCCAGGCCACAAAACUUUCCUGAAGCACAGGCCCCUCUUGGCCUUGUAUGGGGACAUCUCCGUGGGUCCCUGACCCCAGAGCCAAGAUAUAAAUUCCAAAUCACCACUUAGAUCCAUUUUUGCCCUGCUUUUUCUUGUACUGCACGAAGAGAAAACUCGUGUCUGGCCGUGGGGUUCCCAACUCCUUGUCUCCAUGUCUACCCUGGCUUCUCAGCCAAUAGAAGCCCUUGCUUCUUCCCGCUUCCCACCUGCAAGCCUCACAUUCACGCAUGGUGCCCAGCUGUGUGUGUGCGCACACACACACACACACACACACACACACCACACUCCUUCACCUCCCGCAAGUCCUACCCUACGGUCGAUCACCCAAGCCUCACACAGGAAUGGUCUAAGUUGCCCGGGCCAAUCACUGACUUGGGAAACCCAGAGCUGAGGCUGACCCGCUGCACCCGUGGCCACAGUCAGCCUGUCAAAUGGUUUCACUUGUUUUAAAUGGGGGAAAAGAAUCCAAAGACUAUCUCAUGCCAUGAAAAUGCUAGGAAGCUCAAAUUCCAUUUGCCACAUGAGACUUUACUGGGCCACAAAAAGACGUGCGCAUCUACCUAUGGACCCUGCCUGGUGCUGUGCUGAGCUGGUAAAGUCACUCGCAGCACAGAUGGCGUGGCCCACGUUGUCGAAGACUCCAAGUCUGGUGCUUUCCUAGCCAGACUGCCCACUCCCACAGAGGGCUGUCUUCCAGGAUGAGUCUGGCCCCGGGGGGAGGAGGGGCAGCAGCGAGGGAGGGAUUCCUGGGGGAGAAAACGUUCCUGCUCCUGGAACCCAGUGGGCUGCGAGGAAGGCCGGGAGCUCCCUGCCCCGCGAGAAGUUGGCGCAGGUGCUGGCCGCGCUCGACACAGAGGUGGUUCAGGCAGAAGAGGCUGGAAGAGCUGGCUGGAUGGACCACUGCGUUUGCGGGGGCUGCCAUAGCGAACACACCCUGAGCAGCCUAAACGGUCCAAAGUUACUUCUCGAAAGGUUUUGAGGCUGGAGGUCCAAGGUCGAGAUGUCUGCAGCUUGGUUCCUGGGGAGGCCUCUCUCUCUGGGGCUUGCAGUUGGCCACCUUCUUGCUGAGACCUCCAUGGCCAUUUCUGUGCACCUGCACAACUUCUUGCAAGAGCCCCACCCUCUGAACCGACUCUCACCUCAGCUGCCUGGUGACUGAGAGCCGGCUCUCUCCAAAUGCCAGCACUGUGGUUGGGCUUCAAUAUAGGAGUUUGGGCAGAAACCAGUCCAGGACUGAAACCCUGGGAAUGUCUACGGCUGUGCAAUUUUAGGGGCCUUUGGGGCAAUGCUCCCGUCCUUGACUUUCUUUUCCACACUUGUCCUCAGACCUGCGUCUUCCGUUCUCUUGCCCUUUCAUCCAUCCCCGAGAGGCAGAUCUCCUUCCAAAUGUGCCACCCGUAUGCCCAAGGUUCACCCGCUCUGGUUUCGCUUCCUAGGGCUGUAGUGACAAGCAACCACUCACCGGGCGGCUGAAAACGGCAGUCCUGUAUUCUGUCACCACCCUGGAGGCUGCAGAUCUGAAACCGCUGUGUGGGUGGGCAGGGCCAGGACCCCUCCGGCACCAGGAGGGCAGUCCUUUCUCCACUCCUGCUAACUUCUGGUGGUCUGCAUUCUUCACUUGCAACUGCAUCCAUCCAGUCUCUGCCACCAUCAUCGCGUCCUCUCCCCAACCCCAUCAGGUUCUCUUGGGUGCCUCUGUCUUCUAAUGAGGCCGCUGGUCCCAUUGGAUCAGGGACCCACCCUACUCAGAUUGCCCCCGCUCUUAACCAAGCGCACCUGCAGUGACCCUGUCUCUGUAGGAGGUUCUGUCCUGAAGUGCCGGGCUUAGGACUUCAAAGCAUCUUUUGCAGGGGUGGCAGCAAUAAAAGGGAAGACACAGUUCAACUCAUAGUACCCUCCAGGGAGCUUUCUCUUGUGCUGUGCUGGUCACUUGGUCCCCCCAUGACCACAGAGAUCCCCCAUGAUCCCUGGGUCACAAGGGUCAAGCCACUGCUGGCCCAGAGGACAUGGCCCUCACUGAGGUCAUCAGUGUGGGACUUCAUUCAGCUCCAGGGCUGUGGGUGGCAGCCUGUGCAUGGGUGGCCUGUCUGCGUGUGAUCAUCACGUGACCCCUGAAUGCAUUUCCCGGCCCAGACCUCGGGCUGGGCAUGCGGCAUUUGGUCGCGUUUAUACUUUGGUGGCAAAAGAGCCGAUGGCGAGCUGGGCUUUUGCUGUUUGCUUUUCUGGCCUUGCUUGUGUGGUGAGGAUGCUUCUGCACCUGUUCGCACGGGCAGACCUUGGUCUUACCUUCACCUCCUCCGAGCCCUCCGACCCCUCACCUGCACACAUCUCUGUGGGAAUCUCGCUGAACUCCAAGGGGCACGGAUGCUGGUCUGGGUCUCUGAAUGUGGGAGCCGCCGUGGGCCUCUCUGCCCUCCAGUCAGCACUCCUGGGGAUGAGCACAGGUCACUGACUCCCUCUCGGGGCCGCCCAGUCAUGCUGUUCCCUGUUACCAGUUGAGUUUUGGAAUCUGCGUCCCCCUGACCUCCUGGUCUUUGCCCUGUGCCUUGCGUCGUAUAGUGCCUGCUGGGGAGUAGGUGUUUACAGGAUUCAGAGAGAAUUGCCGGGUCAGAGCGAGGCCCUGCCACAGGGGGCCCUGGGGACUGCAUUGGCUGGAAUUCCUCUUUUCUAGGCCCUGUGACGUGUUCAGCCCGAAUGAACCUGCUAGGUUUAAUAGAUGUGACUAGCUAAGAGACACAUUGGGUCAGGCAGACAGAGUGACAAUCCAUCUCCAACAGCCGCUGUUCACUGAGCCGUUACUGUGUGCCAGGCCUGUUGAAUCCCCACGAUGGGCCAGGGAGUCGGGUACCCUUAGCUGCGUUGCAUCCAAGCAGCUGUGGGACAGACAGAAACCCACCCGCUCUCCGGCUGAACAACCAAUGUUCUAGAAAUGGGUCGUCAGGGUCAUCUGAUCCCAGCAGUCCAUGGGGAUGCUGUGGUCCCAGCCUCGAGGUUCACUGGCAGCUGGCAACCGAGAGAGAGAGAGGAAAAACAGGAAGCCAGGGAAGGGAGGUGCCAAGCGGAAGCUCCCACUUGUGUCCCAGGCUGGCCGGCUGCAGAGGCUGGGUGGAUCUCCAGGAAAUGUGUAGUUCCUCUGGUCCAGGGAGGCUGCCCGUGAGUGCACCUCCCUCUCCAGACCCCCCGGGAGCAGGCAGCCCCUUUCCCCAUCACCAAGAACAGGAGUGGAUGUAUCUCAGGGGGUUGAGACAGCUGCUCUCCCUCCACCCAGGACUGAACUGGCAAAAAUAGACUUUACCUAGAGUGUCCCAGAUCUAUGGAAGACCUUGUCUCCCAAGUGUGUUCCACAGACCUUUAAUUUCAUGGAGAGCUAGACAGAGGCUGCAGUAUUGAAAGGGUUCCAGAUAAAGAUGCAUGGGGAAUGCUUAGGUAAAACAAAAUUAAACUUUUUCCUUGGUUGCAGGACUUAUCAGAGCAUUUAAGACCCUGUUGUGUGGUUGAAUCUCUACAAGGCCAAUAGGAAGCUGAUCGUCCCCAGUUUUUCCAGACAGGUUUCUGAGUCCCCAACAAGACCAGCUGUGUGAAUGGAACUGCAUUUCCUAAGGAGCAAAUGUCAGUGUCCCUGCCCACAGAGAUGGACAGCUGACCAGCUGCACUUGCAGUCCACUUCCUAGGAGACAGGAAAGGUGUUUCGGCACCGUGCAUCUGUGAAGGGGGCACUGUGAAUGAUGACCUGAGAUGCUUGUAGGCAGAGAUGGGGCUGGGUGACCGUCAGCCACCUGCUGCUCCUUUUCUGUCAUUCAACAUGGCUACAAAAAGCUGAGCGCCACGAAACUUGACUUUCCCUGAGCCUCCCCUCCCCCACCUGCUGAUGGUAGACCCUCAUUCCGCACAUGUGACCCCGGUUCCAUAUACAAGGACGGCACAAGGGAAAAUUCUAGCUGACGCCGCCUUCCCACUGGGGAGGCGAGUUAGCUGCGUGCCCAUGGCUUCCCCAGCGCACUGUGGCUUAGAGACCAACAGUGAAAGCAGUGUGUAUGUCAUCCCCUUGGAGCAGAUCUUCAUCUGAAGUUUUGCCCUCAUCUAGGUCAUUGGGAUAAAGAUCUAGAAGGUUCCAGGCCUAAAAGGUGCCCACGGAUGAGGGUCUAGUCCAAGGAGGACAGGUCGCUUCUGCCACCACCUCCUGUGCUGUGUUCUCAGCAGACAUUGCUAAUCGAUCCCAGCCUAGCUUCCCACUGGGCACAGAGGAGGCAGCCCCCAGUGAGCAGCCUGCAUCCCACCCACUUCCCCUCCUUUCUCAGAAGCAGGAUCUGAGCCCCAGGGGGAGAAGGCCAAUCCCCCCCAGCCAAGUCCCUGCUGGGAAGCAGAAGUGGGUUUGGAAGUCAGGCCUGGACACUUGCAAAAGGCCAGUCCAGGGGUCAUGCGUGGGGGACAGUCUGCCAGGGCCCUGCAGAGUCUGUUAAGUCAGGGAACUUGGAAGAUGCAGGGGUGGGAGUAGGAACUGGGUCCCUAAGAGUCUGGAAUCCUGAUUGCAGGGGAAUUAUUCAUGGUGCAGGACGGCUUCGCUUCGCUGCAAGGCCCAAGCACUCCUCCCAGCCACACAGCAGCUGGGCUGGAAGGCCUGGCCCAGGGGAGCAUUGGCUGGGCCCGCGUGGAGAGCUGCGCUUGCUCGUGGAGUCGGAGUUCCGUGGUUCGGUCUGGGCCUCUGGAAAGCUCGGGGAGUGCUGCACGGAGAGGCGGGAAGGGAACCUGACCCCAGUGGCUCUGCGGGUUCUGCCCUGAGUAGCAGGCUCAGAAGCAGCUUCUCCCCCGGAGGGAAGGCUCUGGGGUCCUGGUGGACCACCAGCCCCCUCCUGCUCUCUUGCAGUGCCAGAGCAGCCAGCUCGGUGGCUGGCACCGCUUCCUUCCUCUUACCUGCUGCCCCCACCCCCACAUCCUGCUGAUAACAUCUCCCUUGGCUGAGAGCACAAUGGUGGCCAUGAGAAACAGCGUUUUGGCCCCAAGGGGCUCGGGGAGAGGCUCCCUGCCACCACUGAGCGGGCAGCGGGCGGGGAUGCCAGCGUGCUAUUUGCGUCGUGGCUUAGGAGACCAGAAAGUCUAAAGAUUAAAAACAAAUCUUAGUUUUUGUUUUUUUUUCCACCACCUGCUUGGCUAGUUCUGCCCCUUUAGAAGCAACCCGCUCUCCAGCGCCAGAGUGAGAAUUUCAGAGAGGCCGGUGCAGGGCUUGGGGAGAAAUGCGGGCCGGAGGUGGUCCGAGGCCCCUCUGCGACAGGGCGAGACGCCCCGAGCACCUGCUGUGCCGAGCGCCUUGUGCUCCCUGCUCCGAAGUUCAGAGACGGACGAUGGGGAGAGCAUGCAGAGAGUAAUAGGGGAAACGUGUCCCUUAGAAGUCCCAUCUGCGGUGCCAUUGAUGUUACCGGGUGCUUAUUAAUAAAUUCACAAUAUUAAUAAGACUGUGUGUUCUUGCCACGAAUUCGGAGAAGAAUUCUGAAUAGUGACACAAGUGAACAAGGCAGCAUGAUAAGGUUUAAGCUUUUUAUUCAGUGAGAGGAAUACAUAGGAGAGUGAGGGCCCUAUCUAAGAAAGAGAGGAAAAUCUGGAUUCAGACCGAGCAUAGGAGCCAGACACGUGGAGGAGCGUGCAGGCCAGGAAGCACGGGGCAGGUGACCCGAAGGCCAUGCGCCCCGAAGGCACGGGGCAGCAAGGGUCCACGAUGGCCAAAGAGGGCAAAAAGACCAAAAGGGCUGCGCCCGCCGUGUCCCAGGCCUUUAAUCCACUUCCAAAGGGGAGUAGUUAAUCAGCCUGGUUGGCAGGUGGGCACACAGGUGCCGCCAGGUAGGCGUAUGAGGUCACAUAGGGGGCGUGGUGAAGGCGUGGUCUUCCAGCUCACAAACCUAGUCAACUGUAUCCUGUACGCUUGCCUACAACAAAAGGAGACCACCCCAGAGUGCGCAUGUGAGGAGGGGGCUCGCUCAGCCCGGGCCGCCCCCCCACCACUCCCUACCCCUCCCUCCCCAAUGCUCUCUGUGGUGGUCUCUGGUGGGUGACCUGGCAGGAGUUAAGUGGUGGCCCGGUGCCUGGUGCCCUGGUGACACCUGAAACUGUCUCCAGGUGGAGUUCACUGUCUCUUGUCGCAGCUGCACCCCUGUCACCUGCACCCCAGGAUCCUCAGGAUCCUGCGGGAGCAAAAGGAAGUCAGAGGGAGGGAGAGGGAGGGCGACAGAGAGUGCAGGCGGCGGCCCCGCAGGUACAUACAGCGCAGAAACUGUCAGGCGAUCCUCGCGCUGCUGUCUGGGGCUGCCCCAGGAAACUGAGUGCCCUUCGCACCUUCUGGCCAGUCCCUGCUUGAAGACGGGAGAGCGGUUCAAGCCGGGUGACCAUGCUGUUUCUGGUGGCGGUGAAGCAGGAACACAGCCUCAGGGAGAUGGGGCAGCUGCUCUGUUACCCCUGGGGUCAAAGCCUGGGGACCGCCCCCCGCCCAGCAGUCUCAGGACAGGGGGUGGGGGGACUAUCUGACACAGCACAAGGCUAGGGCUUGGGAAGAUGCUUCUGGAAUUUGGGACACUCAGCAGCCAAGCAUCUUCCAAGAAGGAGGCUGAAUCAGCGGGGGCCCUGACCGCUGAUGGGUGAACCUCGGGCUGA